AUGGUCGAAGGCGAGCAGGCGCCCGAUGGGAUCAAGACCCGCGAGGCGUUCGAGGCGGCCGCGGCUGCUGCUACUGCCAAGCACGCCGACGCAGACCCCAGCUACUACCAGGAGCUCACCGACGGCAGGACCAUCGAGGACCGCUUUGGGGAGCAGGGUUCCCGCCGCUGGCAGAAGGUGAUGUCCCUGUGCGAGAUCUCGAGAGGCGGGGCUGAUCCCUCCUACCCUUUGCCCUGCUCUUCCACCCAUCCACUGAUUCACCCUGCCGUGCCCGCCCUUCUCGCAGGCACGGCGCUGCCCUUUUUCAAGAAGAAGGCCGGCCACGCCGAGGCGACGGUGAUCAAGAUCGAGAGCGGCAGGAAGAUGGUCAACAAGGAGCAGCUGGAUCGGUGCCUCGUUCGCAGCAAGCACAACCCACGCCAACAGGCCACUGUUGCCAAGGAGUACUGCAAGAGCGUCCUCGAGAAUGGCUUGCAGAUGAGUUGCAGGGGCGCCCCGAUCGCCGUCAUGGGGGCCGCGAAGGACAGCAUCGAGUUCCAGAUGUUGGCGGGGGCAACGCUCAUGGAGGGAUAUUUCCUUGCAGUGGAGACGGAUCCUGAGAACGAGUUUGUUGUAGCGGCUGCUGAAUCAGGAUACCAGAAUUGCAUUGUGCUGAGGGGCGACACCCCCACCGACGUGCUCAUUUGGGUGAUGAAUGCGCACAAUAAGUUCCACGGCGGCGCGAUGACAUCUUUCCUUGAGCUGAUCGAAGGCGUGGACAACGUAAUCACUGGUUGGAGGAACCAUUGCCAAGCACAGAACAUCACGGUGGGCGGCUGCCCGACGAAAGGGCCUCUCAGGUAUGAGGCGUUGAUGAUGAAGUACGUUUCCGAAAAGCACAAGCAGUACGCCAACUAUGACGAGUACAGGAACGCUAAGGGAUUCAAAAACAAGAUGGUGAGCAUCGGCGUGUACGGAGAAUGGAAGAGCUUCAUGGAGCGCGCGUGCGAGUUCUUGCACAAGGGUUUGGAACCAGCUCGCAUGAUCAGGAUGCUCUACGAGUGCUUGAUGCUCAUUGAGGGUUUCCGCGAUGCCUCAGACGAUUACGUGUUGAACAUCGUUCUGGUCGAGCUGUUGAAGUUCGUCGUUCCGCUCGACCCCUCUUCCGAAGAGUUUGAGUUCUACUCCAAGGCCAGCCUUUUCAACGCGGAGAACAACAUGAAGCCUCUUUCGACGGUUGCGUUGCUGAAGCUUCCGAUUGGCGGGUCCUCGGCCAAGACAGGACCAGUACCCGAGGAGGAGCAGCUGGACUUGCUGUACAUCGACGACAAGGGCAACGCGAAGGAGAAGCGUUUUCUGCACGAUUUCUGCUGCGCCAUUACUUCGAUCCUCCAGUUCGUGGACGAGGGGAAGAGGAAGAAGAAGGACAUCAUAAACGUCGUGCGUAUCGGGCUCGACUUCACGUUCGUCGGCGCCGUGGAGGUCGAGGGCAGGGAGCUGAAGCAGUGGUCGAAGGUGCGCUCCCACAUGAAAAUGCUGCUCAUCAGGGCCCACAAGCAGGCUCUGCUUCUGAAUUUGCGGGCCGAGAACGGGGCUGGGGCGGUCACCGACUCCGAGGGCGGAGUCACCGAGGCCAUCGCUCGGACGAUCGGCGACGACGAUUUGUUGGCGCAGCAGCAGGGUCAGGGCCAGCAGGACGACGCCGCCCCCCACGUGGCGAAGGACCCCCGCUCCCCGCACGUUCAGCGCGCCUUGAACAGGUUGGCUCCGUUCGGCAAGGACACAGAUUUCCUGCUCCAGGCCCAGGCCGAUCAAACGUCGGCCCCGCGUCCAGUUAACGCGUGGUCGUUGCCAGUAGGCCAGAGGCCUUUGGGCAAUGACCACGUGUACAAUUCCAAGGACAAGGUGGGCAAGCCGAACACGCCACUCAAACUCCGCGCCGAGCACCUGCACGUCUUGAACGUCGUUUCGCCUGGCAUCGAGGCGGUCAAGGCCGAGAACCCCGACGACGCGUCGGCCUUGCCUCAGAUCGUUCGUGCCUUGCAGCCCAUCAUAUUUGCUUCGUUUCCAGUCAAGCUCAUGGCGUUCUUGCGGGGAGUCAACGACGUGGUGAUUGCCGUGGCCGCGUCCAAGAAGAUCGGCGACAAGCACGCCGACAUCUCGUGUGCAUCCCAUGGCGUGUUCGAGAAGAUCGGCGAGUUCAACCAGCAGAAGGUCAACCGCUACGACAUCACCCUCGGCAUCUUGUGGGCGUUGCUCGUCGGCGAUGGCAGGGCGUCGGUCGCUGACUACUCGGGGGACCUGAUGCAGAUGAGGGGCGCUGAUCAGGAUAAGCUCGUGAACGCCGAGUUGAAGAUCAUCGACCAGGAGGCGUGGGUGAAGUGGUGGCUGGACGCGGUUCUGAAGGGCAAGAGCUCGGUCCUCCCCGCCGAGACGGUUGCCGCGGCCCCCGAGGGCGGCGCCGACGAGAAGGCCGAGGACGAAGAGGAGGCCGUCGUGGAGACCGAGGCCGCAGGUGUGGAAGAGGCGCUGGUGCCGCUGCUGCCUCCGACCUCUGCGCCGAAGACGCUGCUCACUGAGAUGGCGGGGUCCUCGGGCGGCAACGCGGUCGAGUACUUGUUCAUGAGGACGGUCGAGGCUUGGCUGUUCACUUCAACGCAGUACAGGACGGGGCUCCAGAUCAUGAAGCCAGACAAGGGCCACGGUGACGCGCUGCUGGUGAAAGACGAGAUGAGCGAGAAGGAGAAAUACAAGAUGCAGGCUGCAGUGCGCAAGGCCAACAUCAUGCUGACGUUCAUCGGCAAGGUUACCAAGGUGCCGUCCAAGGGGGCGCUCUUCUUGUGCGAGGCGUUCGGCGUGAACUUCUACGUCGAGGUUGGUUCGCACGGCGUGAUCGGAGGCACGGCGCCGCUGGUCCCUGCAUGGAUCGUCCCCGAGGUCGCGAAGCAGGCCAUGCCGACCAUGACGGUCCAGAAGGAGGUGGUCUCGUACCUGUGCCGCCACAUGGACUCCCUGGGCCACACGGCGACGACGGAGUUCAAGGUGACCCUCCACAGGCUGGUGGUCAACGCCGACUUCACGGCGUCCGUCGAGGGCGAGGCUGGGGAGCUCGUGGACCUCACGCGCCCUGCGAUUGUGGGCGCCGUCACGAAGGACGAGUCCAAGGGGUUCCAGGACCGCCAGGGGUAG